AUGGGGAACGCAGAGAGCAUGGAGAGCCAGUUGGCCGUGAUCCGCUCCAGAGCCGCUCCGGUCCGACUCCCGAUGCCCGACCCGGCCGAGCUGGAGGAACGGUUCUCUAUCGCACUGAAUUCUAUGAACCUGCCUCCUGAUAAGGUGCGUCUUCUGCGUUCAUACGACAAUGAUAAGAAGUGGGAGCUGAUCUGUGAUCAGGAGCGGUUUCAGGUGAAGAAUCCACCUCACACCUACAUUCAGAAACUCAGAGGCUUCCUGGACCCGGCCGUCACUCGCAAGAAGUUCAGAAGACGAGUUCAGGAGUCGACUCAAACUCUCAGGGAACUCGAGAUUUCUCUUCGUACGAACCAUAUCGGGUGGGUCCGAGAGUUCCUGAACGAAGAGAACCGGGGUCUGGACGUUUUGGUCGAAUAUCUUUCAUUCGCUCAGUACGCCGUCACGUUUGAUGGCGAGCAAUCGGAUGUCGGAGGAGACAUCUCGUCCAUCGACUCUCCCUGGAGUCGGUCCAUAGAGGAUCUCCAUGGCGACUGUAGCCUCCCUUCACCGUCGUCUUCUGUCCCCCGAGCAGCUCGCCACUCCAUCAGCUCCGCUCUGGUGACCCGCUCCAACACGCUGCCGAGCCGUCGCACUCUGAAGAAUUCUCGACUGGUCUGUAAGAAAGACGACGUCCAUGUUUGUGUCAUGUGUCUGAGAGCGAUCAUGAACUACCAGUACGGCUUCAACAUGGUGAUGUCACAUCCUCAUGCCGUCAACGAGAUCGCUCUGAGCCUCAACAACAGGAACCCGAGGACGAAGGCUCUCGUGCUGGAGCUCUUGGCCGCCGUGUGCUUGGUCAGAGGAGGUCAUGACAUCAUCCUUUCAGCCUUUGACAACUUUAAAACUGUGUGUUCAGAGUCGAUGCGGUUCGAGAAGUUAAUGGAACAUUUUAAGAACGAAGACGACAACAUCGACUUCUUGGUGGCGUGCAUGCAGUUCAUUAACAUCGUGGUUCAUUCUGUGGAGGACAUGAACUUCAGGGUUCAUCUUCAGUACGACUUCACCAAACUGAACCUGGACGAGCACCUGGAGAGGUUGAAGCACACAGAGAGCGACAGGCUUCAGGUACAGAUUCAGGCGUACCUUGACAACGUGUUCGACGUCGGGACUCUGCUCGAAGACGCAGAGACGAAAACCGCUGCUCUGGAGAGAGUGGAGGAGCUGGAGGACAGCCUGGGCACGAUGUCCGAGCGUCUCCUGGACGUAGAAAAUGAAGCGAUGCUGAAAAUUGUUGAACUGGAGAAACAAUUGAUGCAAACAAACAAGGAGCUGGAUCACCUGCGGGACACGCACGCCAACACCAACUCUCAAGUCCACACGCUGCGGCGGAUCGUGCGUGAGAAGGACCAGACCAUCCGACGCCAGAGUCGCCUGGAGCGCCAGGCUCAGGAGGCGCAGCACGCCGGAGGUCCCGGCGCUCCUCAACCCCAGAGAGGAGAGGGUGACGGGGGUGUGAAUGACUCGGCCUCCCCCUCACCUCCCCCCUGCCCGAACCUGUCGCCAAGCCCUGAGACCAUAGCCUAUCACAACAUGGGGGCAGGUGAAGCUCCAGGCAUGCCUGCCCCCCCCCCUCCACCUCCUCCACCACCACCAAUGCCAGACACAGUGUCCAACGGUCUUUACCCUGCACCUCCUUCUGCUCCUCCCCCACCCCCACCUCCCCCUCCCCCUCCCUGUCGGACCAGCGAGCUCUCAUCCAUCCCAGCACCCCCCCCUCCUCCCCCUGUGGCCCCCCCUCUUCCGGGGUCAGGGGGGUCACCAACAGUCAUCUUUAACUCGGGACUCGCAGCGGUCAAGAUCAAAAAGCCGAUCCAGACUAAGUUCCGGAUGCCGGUGUUGAACUGGGUUGCUCUGAAGCCGAGUCAGAUCAAUGGAACCGUUUUUAAUGACAUCGACGACGAGUCCAUCCUUCAGGCCCUGGACGUGGAGGAGUUCGAGGAGCUCUUUAAGACGAAGGCUCAGGGUCCAGCUGUUGACUUGACUUUGUCACGACAGAAACUUCCUCAGAAAACUGUGUCAAAAGUUUCGCUGCUUGAAGCGAAUCGAGCUAAAAAUCUCGCCAUCACGCUGAGGAAAGCCGGCCAGGGUCCAGAGGUCAUCUGUCGAGCCAUCCACACGUUUGACCUGCGGACGGUGCGCAUGGACUUUGUGGAGUGUUUGAUGCGUUUCCUGCCGACGGAGGCCGAAGUGAAGACGCUGCGUCAGUAUGAGAGAGAUAGGAAACCCGUGGAGGCGCUGAGCGAUGAAGACCGAUUCAUGAUGCAGUUUAGUCGCAUCGAACGACUCAAUCAACGCAUGAACAUCCUGACCUUCAUGGGAAACUUCACAGACAACAUCCAGAUGUUGACCCCGCAACUUCACGCCAUCAUUGCUGCUUCGAUUUCUAUCAAAUCGUCCCAGAAGCUGAAAAAGAUUCUUGAGAUCAUCUUGGCUCUGGGAAACUACAUGAACAGUAGUAAAAGAGGAGCAGUGUAUGGAUUUAAACUACAGAGUCUCGACCUGCUGCUGGACACAAAGUCGACUGACAGGAAACAGACGUUGCUUCAUUACAUCUCAAACGUUGUGAGAGAGAAAUAUUCGUCUGUGUCUCUGUUUUAUAACGAACUUCACUACGUUGACAAAGCUGCUGCAGUGAGUCUGGAGAAUGUGUUGUGUGACGUGAAGGAGCUGCAGCGAGGGAUGGAACUCACCUGGAGAGAGUUCAGUGUUCAACACAACGCCACGCUCAAAGAUUUCAUCAGCAGGCACGAAUCACGACUCAGCAAACUGCAGGAGGAUGCACACAUCGCACAGGACGCAUUUGAAGAUGCAGUCAAGUUUUUUGGAGAAAGCUCCAAGACGAUGCCGCCGUCGGUCUUCUUCCCCAUCUUUGUUCGCUUCAUUAAAGCGUACAGGCUGGCUGAGGACGAGAACGAGCAGCGGCGGCGUCAGGAGCAGAUGUUGUUGGAAAAACUCGAGCAGGAGGAGCAGCAGCAGGAAGAGGAAGAGACGAAGUCUCCGUCCCACAGGGCGAAGCGGCAGCCGAAGGAACUGAUGUCUGAGCUGAGAAGACGACAGGGGAAAGACAGCCGCCAUGUUUACGAGGGGAAGGACGGGGCGAUCGAGGACAUUAUCACAGCUCUGAAGACCGUCCCCUUUACGGCUCGAUCGGCCAAGCGCAGCUCUCGCUUCUUCUGUGACCCCGCCCACACUGAGGAGCACUACUGA